AUGCCUACCUGCCAAAGGUUCACAAAGCCCAGCUCCAAGGCAAGCCCGGUUACAAAGCAAACACACAACACCACCCUUGCCGAAUGGCAAGGGUUGAGCAAAGGAAAGGAUGGCCUCGAAGUGUACCUCCUCGCAGUCCUCGCUAAAUCCGACCUCAUGAAACCGGAGCUGGUCCGAGCUGCCCUUACCGAACCUACCCUAGUUCCGAGAGGGAUCUUACUGAACUGGUGCUGCACCAAGGGUUUGGACACGAAAAACCCCUUGAAAAAUCUUCCCCUGCCGAAUGAGACGAAGACAUCACAAGCUCCAAACCCUUGCCGAACACAAAAGGGUCUCCGGAAAUUUUUCAAUUCACCCCAUCUCCUUCAGCAUGGAGAGUACCGUUUGGCAAGUCUGGGUUCAAAAGUUAUUGGGCACUCACGAGUUCAAAACCUUGCCAAAAAAUCUCUUGCCGAAAUGCCUUCUUGA